UAUUUAUUACUUAUAUUUGAGAAAGAUUAAUGUUUUGAUCUUAAUAUAUUAUUUUUAUUUUUUAAAAAUAUGUAUUAAUUUAGAUGUAAUGAAUUACGCAGCGAUUGAUUUGACGCGCGCCUAGGUCGAAGCCGAUUGCAUAUGGCGGUUAGUGUAUACGACAAACAGUUAUAGUGUUUUGAUGAUACUUUUUUAUCUGUUCACGGAAGUUAUCAAUAGAUGCUUGCGUUCAAUAAGCUCGCGAACGUAAUAAAGUUCUUUUACAUUCAGAUAAUGUUGUAAAAGAAAAACAGUACUUUACAAUAUUCACAGCGGCAUCUUUCAUAACCUCAACAAUCAGGAACAUACAGUACUUCUAUGUAAAAAUGCCACCAACAAAAAAGACUGAUUUAGACAAAUUAGCAUGGGCUUGGGUGGAAGGUGUGGUUUUAGACCAAAUAGAAAGGAUACAUUUGGAAACUGCUUAUAGAAUAGGUUUAAAAGCAUGUAAAAAUUGCAAACGUAACUGCACAAACAAUCCACAGUGCUUGACUGGAUUAGGAGAAGAAAAAUAUAUGAAGUCACAACCUGCUGAAGUAAUGCCUUUAGAAAGUUCUUUAUCUGAGUUACGCGAUCCUACACAAUAUGUUGGUCUAAAGAAUUUAGGUGCAACCUGUUAUGUUAAUAGCUUAAUUCAAAUGUGGUUUCAUAAUGAAGAUAUGAGGAGAAUAAUAUACAAGUGGAAUAUCACAGAUGAUCCAGAGGAAAAGGAAGCACUAUGUCAAGCUAAGAAGGCAGGAGUACCAUUUCAUCCAGUGACAGCAGUUGGACAGUUGCAAUAUAUAUUUGCAAUGAUGCAAUUUGGAAAUCGUCGUCUACUCGAUCCAAUGAACCUUGCAAUCGCGUUGUCAUUGGAUACUAGAACUCAGCAGGAUGCACAGGAAUUCUCCAAGCUGCUUCUCUGCCAUAUCGAAGGGAAACUUCAACAAAACUCAGAACUGAAGCAGAUGCUGCAGAGGCUGACCCAAGGAAAAUACAGCUAUAUCAAUUGUUGCUCGAAAUGCGGAACUGAAUAUCCGACGUCCACAACGUUCUACGAAUUGGAUCUACAACUUGCAGCCACUUUGAAAGAGGCAAUAGAGAAAUACUUGUCUGUGGAACAGUUGACUGGAGCAAAUCAGUAUCACUGCGUUACCUGCAAUGACAAAAAAGAUGCGCGCCGUUUUAUACGCUUGGAAUCUCUUCCAGAAACAUUAAAUAUACAGUUAAUGCGUUUUGUGUUUCAUAGAGAUUCUGGGCAGAAAAGAAAGUUGAAUUCUUUUAUACAGUUUCCCGAAGAUCUUGAUAUGUCAGAAUAUGUGAGGUGUCCGCUACAAACUCAUUUGUACAGUCUUGUAGCAGUUUUGAGUCAUAAAGGACCAUCUGCACAUUCGGGUCAUUAUAUUGCAAAUAUAUGCAAUUCAAAUGGAGAAUGGUAUCAAUUUAGUGAUGAUAAAGUAGAAAAAAUGCAGAAUAAAAGAAUUGAGGAUGGAGUUAAUGAGAAUUCAAAAAUCAUAAAACGAGGUCGUAUACCGAAAGGAUUUUUAUCUUCUAACACUGCAUACAUGUUAGUUUAUAAAAAAGUUACUUCUGAAAAACGAAUAAAUAAUACAAAAAAAAAUAAAUUAAAAAAAUUAGAUACAGAAACUAAUAGCAAUUGUAACACAGUGCAUGAAGAAAACAUCGUGAUAGUUAAAGAAAAAUCAGUUUCAUUAGAUGAAGAAAAAUGUAAAUAUGAUACAAUUUCGGAUGUGAAUAAUUCUGAGAAAAUGUUAAAGCUUGGAAUAGAAACUAAACAGGAAAUGGAAAUUUCGAAAGUAUCCUCAGAAAAUAUUGUAAUGGAAGUAUCUGUAAGAGAGGAAUCUACUUUUGAUGAACAAAAUGGCAAACAUUACGAAUUCGAUAAUAAAGAAAAUCAGCACGAUAUAUUUAUUAAAAAAUCAUUAGCCAAAGUUGUAAAGAUAGACUAUAAACGUUUAAACGGUGCCGCACAUAGAGCUAUGAGUUGUGGAGAACGUGACUUUUACGAAGAGAUGGAAUUUGAAAAUUGGGAAGUGAGUCCAACAUUGCGUGAUUUAGUGAGACAAGAAAAUGUAAAACAUGAAUUGAGUUUAUUGGCAACUCAACAAGAAAAGCAAAAGGAGAUUGAAGAUCAGAAUUUAAAAAGACAACUUGUCAUAGAUGUAUAUAAUAUUAUUUCGAAUGUAAUUUCAUGGGAGAAAUAUCAAUGGAUUCCAAAUGAUUGGUUAUCAAAAUGGCUAAAUGGACAUUCAUUCAUCGAUGGAGUACCACCAAUAGAUAAUUCUACAUUGAUGUGUACACAUUAUCGACUUGAUCCUUUAAAAGUGAAUCGGGCAAAAUGUAUUCCUGUAGCUGCUGCAGAUAUACUUUAUGAUAAAUAUCGUGGUGGACCACGUUUGGAUGAAAACUCUUUUUGCGAAGUUUGUGUGAAACGUCGAUAUAAACUACUUCGUUUCAAGAUAUCACUUGAACGUGAUUACAAGGAAGUUAGUGAACUCAUUCGCAAUUUUAAAGAACCAUUCGAGACUAGUUAUGUUGUGGGUGCUGAUUCAUUGAGAUCGUGGCGAAGACUUGCAAUGGAAAAAUUUAUGGACGAUAUGGAACAAGAAAUUGAGGAUGAAGAUUGUCAAGAUCCGAAUAGUAUUCAAGAAGAUAGGAAAAGUGAAAGCAAGGAAAGUGAACGAAUAAAGGAAUCAGGAGAGGGAGAAGAGAACGAAGUUAUAAUUUAUUUUAAUGAAGAUUUACUUUGUGAGCAUGGUUCAUUGAAAACACCAGACUCAACAAGAAAAAUAGUACCCCGCGAAGCUUGGAUGAUACUUCGAAAAUACUUUCCAGAAUCUAAGGAGUAUCCUAUUGGUUCUAGCUCAUGUUCCAUUUGUGAGGAAAAAAUGGAAAAUGCACAGAAGGCAAAAAAAGAUGAUAAAAUAAAAGCCAAACAACAAAAGGACGAGUUAAAUGAUUUAUAUCAUGGUAGAAAUAGGAAUGAAAUAUUAAAAUGUGAAGAGCCAGAAAAAGCAUUUUAUAUCGUGGAGAAGGGAUUUUUGGACAGUUGGCGUUCUUUCCUUCGGUAUGCCGAAGUUUUCUCGAAAACACCACCGGUCGGUAUUCGAAAUGGUGUCCUUCUCUGCGAGCCGCACAAAGGAUUCCUGUACUCGCCUUCCAUUAACAACGAGCUGUUUACCAUCGUAACGGCCGAGGAAUGGGCGAAAUUGAUGCAGUUUUACGACGUCGAUUACCCGAUCAUCAUCAAAAAGAAUAAUUCCGAUCUUCAAACAGAGCCAAGUUUAUGCGCCGCGUGCAUGUUGGCGAGAGUGGAGCAAGAACGUCUGGAGAGUCUCAAGUACGACAGGGCGACGAUUUAUAUAAAGUGCGUGGAGGAUAACGAGGAGACGAAGUCGGAGAACGACUCUGAGAUGCCCCCGAAGAGACCGAAGCUGGAGAACACGAGGCCCUCGAGGACCAGGCGGAACUUGAAGGGAUCCCACGAGCUCAAAGUUUCCUCGGAGAUCACGUUGAAGGAGCUGAAACUGAUGACCAUGCAAAUUUGCGGCGCUGGACCUUACGACCAACAUCUAAUGCUGGGUGAACACGAGCUGACCGAUCAUAGUCAAAGCCUCGCCGCUCUUGGUAUAUUUCCCGGAGCACUUCUCACCUUGAAGAUCGACACGCCGAUCGAGAACGAAGCGGACGUGACGUCGGAUGCGAACAACCCCGAGUCCAGCUUCCCGGAAAAGGGUUUCAAGGGAACCGAAUUGGUGCCGAGUUGAUCUGCGUCAUCAAGGAUCAGAGGAUAGGCAAAUUGCUUUGUGGCGGAACGUUUCAAUAACGAUAGUCGAUUUAAUAUAAAAUAUUUUUGUACACGAGUUAUCAUAUAUUACAU